AAUAAAAUGUCACACUUGACAGGUCAUCACUUAAUGAUAAAAUCACGAGAGGAAUCGCAAACCUUAAGCGAACGAAAUAAUUUUAAGUUAAGCGAUAUUCAAUAACUGUGCUAUAUUAAUGCGUUAGUUCUAUUAUACAGAGGUAAAGAAUCAGCUAGAACACAAAAAUGCCUAUUGUAAAGAAAAGCACUCAAGGAUCUAACUCCACCACAGCUAAAAUAAUAGCUCGCGUCAAAAAACUUCAAUCGAUUAACAAUAUAAAUGAAAAUAACAGUUUGAGCAAACUGGAUCAAAAACAACAAAGAAAUGCUUUUUUGGAAACAUUGACUAAAGAACAACUCAAAGCCGAAUGUCGCAAACGGGGACAAAAAACAAGUGGCAACAAAAUCGAAUUGUUGCAGAGAUUGGGGUACAGAAUGCGUCGUUCAAAUGAAGAAUCACGAAACAAUGACAGCGAAGCUGAGCUGAACGGCAUAGACAAUUCUCAACAAUCGAAUAGAGCUGUUACCUCAAAUGAUAAAAGAAACCAGACAAAAACGAAUACGCUUGUGCUGUGGAAAUCUCCUUUGAAAACACUAAAGUAUGCCGUGCUCGAGCUGUGGUUCUUAUUGCAGUCUUACGGAAGAAGUUUACUAAAACAUAAGCGUUUGCUGAUAAGCUCGGUAUUCCUGCUAUUUGUGUUAUUGGUUCUAUGCUUCAUACCGGGUAAACAUCAAACUCUGCUGCAAUUAGUAAAGACAAAGGGUUUUUUCGUUGUUUACUGGAUUGGGUUGGGAGUUCUAUCCUCGGUUGGACUUGGCACUGGAUUGCACACAUUUUUAUUGUAUCUCGGUCCCCACAUAGCCAGCGUGACGCUAGCAGCCUAUGAAUGCAAUUCUCUUGAUUUCCCGGAGCCGCCAUAUCCUGAUGAAAUUAUCUGCCCUGAAAAUGUAAAAUCUACGAUAGUGCCAACGAUGUGGAGCAUCAUGUCCAAAGUACGGUUAGAAGCGUUUCUUUGGGGUGCUGGAACUGCUCUUGGAGAGCUGCCACCUUAUUUCAUGGCGAGAGCUUCAAGAUUAUCCGGAACAGAAAACGAUGAGCUCGAAAACCUUCAAGAAUUCGAAGAACUUCAAAAACGCAAAGCACAUGGUGAAAAGCUGAGCCUGUUUGAACGCGGAAAGUUAGCAAUGGAAAAAUUUGUGGAAAAAGUAGGAUUCCUGGGUAUUCUCCUGUGUGCGAGUAUUCCCAACCCUCUAUUCGACCUUGCUGGCAUAACCUGUGGGCAUUUCCUAGUUCCAUUUUGGACAUUCUUCGGAGCAACAAUGAUCGGAAAAGCUGUAAUUAAAAUGCACAUUCAAAAAAUCUUCGUGAUAAUAGCAUUUAAUGAAAAUCUCGUUGACACCGCUGUUGAUAUGAUAGUCCAUUUGCCGGUAGUUGGUAAAACGCUACAAGGGCCAUUGAAAGCCUUUUUACAAAACCAAAAAGACAAAUUACAUAGGGAAUCUCCGAAGAUUCCCAACUCUCAGAAUGUUAUUCAAAAUUUGUUUGAAUAUUUCGUCAUAUGUAUGUUUUUCUUCUUUUUCGUUUCUAUUAUCAAUUCUCUUGCUCAAAGUCACCAGAAUAAAUUAGUGAAUACCAAAAAACAUAGCAAAAAAUCGUAAAGGUUAUGCAAGUCUCUUCAAAGUUUCCUAAAAAGUGUAAAUAAUGCGUAUGCCAAUAAUUAAAAUAUAGUUUGAUUUUAAGAUAGUA